CUCGUUGCCGCGCGUGCGCACUACGAUCCGGCUGCUUGCGCCUUGUCAGUCGGCGCCUGUCCGUUGAGAGGGGCAGUCGCUUGAGGGAGUGGGUCGCUGCUGCUGCUGUUUUCGCCCUUCACCGCCAUCGACGCAAUGGCUGAGCCCGCUACCCAGUUCCCGUAUGUUUCUUCCUCCGCUGGAGGUGGCUCCUCGGAGCCGGGAGGACGAGACGCCAAGGGGGCAGGUUCCCCCCAGUCUUGCGCUGAUUCCUUUGUUUCUUCCUCUCAGCCUGUCUCUCUCUUUUCGACCUCACAAGAAGGGAUCACAUCUCAUCCUUUGGCCGCAAAAUCACCUUCCAAAGCCACGACUCCCCAUGCCCCUGGAUACUUUUCAUCAGCUGACACCCAAGUGUUCCAUUCGAUCCAUUCAGAAAACCAGAGGGAAAUGAAUGGGAAACCAACGCCCCUGAAUGCAGAAGAAUUCAAUGACGGCAAGAGAUGGAGCCGUUUUAGUGGGACCAGCGAAGAUUCAGGAAUAGAGGCGGCUUCUGUCGGAUCCCCUGGCCCAGAGGAACCCUUAUGCUCAGUUGGAUCCAAAGCUCAUAAUUAUGAGCCCAUGAAUCAGGCUGGUUCCCUUGAACAUGAUAGCUCUAUGGGAGAAGGCAGCCUGUGCCAAUCCAAGCAGCAAGCUUUGGGUGGAGAGUCCAAAUUUCCUGUAUCGACCAGCCCACAAGAAGGACCUGAACAAUUGCCGACAAGAGUUGCCUCUUCCUCCUCCUGCCCUGCAGCCCCCGGGGAUGCUGUUGUGGACAAAGAUUCCCCUGAAUCUCCUUUCGAAGUCAUUGCUGACAAACUGGAGUUUGACAAAGAAUUCAAAGAUGCCCUGGCAAGCAAUUCCAGUGACAUCAGUAGCAACUGGGUCAUGCACAGUGAACGGGAGCUGCUUACGGACAUCCCAGAAGACAGUGUCUGUGAGUUUCGGGCCAAGCCUCGUGGUGGGAGCAGACUUCCGUCAGGACUUGGGCUUUCGCGCCAGUCUUCAGGCACAAACGCCGCCCUGGAGGAAGUGUCCAAAUGUGUCCGCGAGCUGCACAACUUCACGAGUGAGAUGAUGAACUGGGACUUGAUUCCCAAAGAUCUUGGGGAGAAGACUGCCGAUCCGGCGAGUUCAGGCCACCCCACGUCACCUACUGGAGAGGCAGGCGGCGUCCUCGCGGGCUCGGUGGGCAGCAAGGCAGAAGUGGGUAGAACAUCUGCCCCUUUCCAGCCCGUCAAGAUCAAAGUCCACCAAAACGAAAGGAUAUCUUCAGAAGGGGCAAAGCCGCCGUCUCAGAAACGAGUGAACGGAGAGGCAGCUGCUGUGAAAACUGCAGUCGUACUGAACGCUGAUGUCUGUUGGCCAAAUCCUGGCUCGCCUGAACCUAUUGACGGUGACAGCUCCGGUGAGUCGGACGACACCGUCAUCGAAGAUACAGUGGCAGAUCCAACCGUCCGAGGCGAGGAAGGUGCGCAGAACAGCGUGCAACCUCAGAAGCCGACCUCGGCACCGACGACCUCGGUCAAAAAGGAGAAUGUGACUAUAGAUAGCAAAGACAGAUCAGGUGAGCCGCUCAAGUCUGCCCAAGAAGCCAGAAUUCCUCGUAAGACUCCAGAGGGCAGUUGGGGAUUUAUUGAUGACUUUGAGACCGUACAAACUAAGGCCGACGUUCUUGGAGGAAGUCCCGUUGGUGCACCGCAGUUCCCUAAACAGUUCAAUACAAGCUUACCGGUCAAAGAGCGACAGGACACGGGUGGUUGCGAGCAGGGCUUUUUUGGGGACCAGCCCGGAAUGGAAAACAUUUCCCCCAGGGGACCCCCUGCUUCGAAAAGAGUCAAAGAUGCUGCACGUUCGGAUGAUCCGAAUGGCGAGAGUUUUAUGGACUUCAUGAAGGAAUGCUUGAAAUCCAAGGGGAACGAGUCCCCCGAAGACCCCGUAGAAACGUUCUCCGAAGCGGAGCUCAAAGCAGCGAGGUCCGAAGUGUUGGCUCCGCCCUUCCAGCAACCGCUCAAGGCGGCUCAAGAUUUUGAGCAGGAAGACCUCACUAUUAAGGCCCUCAAAGAAGCGGGGAGAAAGGUAGAGGCAGAAAAGCCAAGCAAGUUCCCCCCGCCAGGGGGAAGGCAGCCAGGGCGCUACGGGGAAAGGUCGCCAGAGCCCCUUGUGCCUGCUCAGAAGUCCGCCUUGGAGAAGCGACCCCUCUGCCUCACGCAGGCCACGGAUGUGAAAUUGUCUUCUGCCUCUGCUAGCUUUGGCAUGCAUGAUGUUCCCCGGGCGUCAUCUCGGGCCCCUCCUCUUGAUCUCCCCAUACCUCAUGCUAUAAUGAAAUUGCUGGCUGAAGUUUCAGUGCGCGACCUGGUCUUUUGGCGGGAUGUGAAGAAGACGGGCCUUGUCUUCAGCACAACGUUGAUCUUGCUGCUCUCCUUGGCCGCUUUCAGCGUCAUCAGCGUCGUAUCCUACCUUAUCCUGGCACUCCUCUCGGUCACCAUCAGCUUCCGGGUCUACAAGUCCGUCAUCCAGGCCGUACAGAAAUCCGAAGAGGGACAUCCAUUCAAAGCCUACCUAGACCGGGACAUCACUCUCUCCUCAGAGACUUUCCACAACUACAUGAGCGCCGCCAUGGUGCACAUCAACCACGGCCUGAAACUCGUCACACGCCUCUUCCUGGUGGAAGACUUGGUGGAUUCGCUGAAGCUGGCAGUCGUCAUGUGGCUGAUGACGUACGUCGGGGCUAUCUUUAACGGGAUCACCCUCCUCAUCCUGGCGGAGUUGCUGGGUUUCAGCAUGCCGGUUGUUUACGAGAAAUACAAGACCCAGAUCGACCACUACGUCGGAAUCGGCCGGGACCAAAUCAAGACGGUGGUCACCAAGAUCCAAGCGAAGGUUCCCGGCGUUGUGAAGAAAAAACCCGAGUAAUCUUGCCGAGAGUCAAGGGUCAGCUGUUCACCGAAACGAAAUGAGAAAAAACACCCCCAAACCCCCUUGUGUCAUAGCUAUAACCAUUGUUACUUGUACCUAUGAAGGAACAUGCCGAGUCAGCUUGAUGUCUGCAUUCCAAGCUUACUGAUUUUAUUUUUUAUUGUCCCCCCCCCCUCACACACCCCUUUUAAAGCCUAAACACUGGGCUCAGAAUACACUGGACUACACACAAACUGGUGUCAGGCGUUGGAAGUCGGGCAGGGGGGAUUUGGCACUCCGGGUGAUCGUGUCUUGGAGGGAACAGCGUGUGUAAAAUAAGCCACCGGAAGUGGCCGCUGUUACUUGGCUAACAGUGCGCAGCUCUGCACCCCAGGAACGGCUGUGGAUUGUUGUUAUUUUUCAACAACGGCCUGUCUGGCAGAAAUCGCUGUACAGUAAUGGUAGCUCCCUUGUUUCCCUCUUCCUUCUCCCACCCCGACGCCCUCCCUCCCAACCUGCGAGUGAAAUUCCAGGAUUAGCAUUGGAGCGGCAUUUCGCCGAAGCGGGAGGUGUCUCUGCUUGCGCCUGACCGUCUGUCUCUCAGAGCUCUUGUCUUUUCUGGCACGGAUUAAUCUGUAGCGCAAAGCCAAGCUUAAGGGGGCUUUUCUUCCAAGCCACGGUCUGAAUCCCCCCGUCCACCCCACUGAAGAAAGGGAGAUUCUCCACCCAGUCUCCCCUCAAUGACAUCAGUUCUGCUCUUUAGUCUGAUUCACCUUCUGCUGUCUUCACUCCCCCCCCCCCUCCCCCAGCCUUCUAUCGCAAUCCAGACAAACCAGUCCUUUGGUCUCUUUCUCCCCCUGAGGUUAUAGUUUCCCAAUUUUGAAAUGAAAAUGUCUGUAACUGCUGUACACAUUUUUUUUUAGAAAAUAAGCUAUUGAAAGAAUCUGCAUGUGAUUCCUCAGCUACCAUAAUCUCGAUGCAGCCCUUAAGAGAAGUGGGGGAAAGAUGCAGAGUCACAGGGCCACAGGGAAGGAGUUGCUGGUAGAGCAUUGAGAACUUUGCCUGCACCCGGUUAAAAUCUUAACUGCAGCUUCCCUUGCUAACUUCCAGCCAAGACAAGGAGCCACAGGUAACCCGAGUGAACAUAGAAGGGUGCAGGUUUAAUUUGGCAUUCAGGCUGACCAAGGGAACUCAUCCUGUGCUGGGAGCUGGGCAAAGGGGACCAGAGAGAAGCGAAAUCGGCAGCUAAAACCGACAAGGACCAGCUCAGCUCUUGCUACUGUGAUGUCUCCCAGACUAGAAAGGGGAGGAGGGAGGAAGCGGCCGGUGUUUCGCACAGACUUCGCAGCACCUGCCAUUCCCUGCGGGCAGUCGGCUCCCCGCGCUUCGCACAGUGACGCUUCCUUCGCCUUGUACUCAAGUUGCCACUUGCAGGUCGGGGAAGUGCCAAACAGGCAUGAGCAGAGUGUCGGAGGCGGGCCUCACGUGCGCAAACAUGGCCGCUACCGUCGUCUUGACUACCACGCAGACGCAUGUCGCCUCUUCGCACGCUUGCUUCGCAGCAAGUCGCUUGGCGGGAGCAUCCUGUUGGAACAGCCGAUGCCCGCAGUUGCAUGCCCACGGUCUGCAGCUCUGCAAGCCGGCAAAGGCUGUGUCGUUCCAACAGUUUGCACUGGUGUCGAGGCACUUGAUUCGAGUGCCUCUGGGUGAGAAGCGCACCGGUGUCUGAAUUAUGUGCUUCCGCUCACAAACUCACAACCCACCUCCCUCCUCUGGCAGCCCAAGGCGGAAAUUUACACUGUCUUGUUCCAAAUUUCCUCCCAGCCUUCCCAUGGAGCUCUUUUCACUGCACUGGAAGCCCGUCGGCUCACCUAUUUCCAUCUCUUCUGUUACUGCUGUGUUUUGAAUACCAUGAACAGACCUCUUUGUGCUGGGUGGGCUUUUUUUUAUUUAGUACAAAAAAAAAUGUAUGUAGAUGGAGAAAAAUGACAGAAACCUUACUAACUCAGCUCUUGCAUUUUGUGUGCGUGUUUGUACUGUGCGUGCAGCAGUAAAUUAAAGAGAACAAAGGCCGGUCAUGCCAAGGGAACGAGAGACGUGGCUGAGGUUUUCAAGAGAAGUAAAUAAAAGAAAUGCAAUUUGAUGUGGUAUUAAUAAAAGAGCACAAAGUACAAAUUCCA